UAUCAAAUAUCACGAGGCACACUUCUCUGAAGACAGAAAGAUUUGUAUCAAGAUGUCUGCACUGUGUAUUGGGAUAUCAACUCUUGUAACAAUAGCAGUAUUGGGCCAAAGCCAACUAGGAAACCAAGAUCCAACAGCUUUCACAAAAGGGCUAACAUUAAACCUCCAUUCGACAAUUGGUGGCGAAAAAAUUUCCUUCAAUAAAAGAAUAACUGAUAUUGGAGCCAGCUUUGAUUCUGAGGGGUCUUUUAUAUGCAAGACACCUGGGAUUUAUGCGUUUUCAUUUUAUGGACUCACUGAACAAAAUUCUAAACUUUGGCUCGAAAUGAUGAAAAAUGAUCAGUUAAUUGCAUCGAUUUUUGCCUACACCGUUGCCGAUUAUGCAGACGCUGGAAAUGCCGUCAUAGUACAUUUAAACAUUGGUGACAAAGUAUACGUGAAAGCCCACAAUAAUUACGUGCAUACACUGUAUGGACGUACUAAUCAGAUUUACAACACGUUUACCGGGGAACUUCUGUUUGCCGACAACUUGGAAUUGGACGGCGGACCUGUAGGAUUUUCAGCAGUUCUUACCAUGAAUGUUACUCUAAGUGGUGGAUCUGUUUUAAAUUACAACAAAGUCAUUACAAAUAUCGGUAGUGGAUACAAUAGUAAUACGGGAACUUUUACCGCCCCCAUCGAGGGAACUUACCUGUUUCACUUCCAUGCCUUGUCCUAUGAAAGCAGUGAAUUUUGGCUUGAGCUGUUCCACGACAGCCAUUAUGUUUUGGGCUCUUAUGGGUACACGGGUGGAUAUUAUGCUGACGCAGGUAACACAGCAGUUCUGCACCUUAGGAAAGGUGACACCGUCAAAAUAAAAUCUAGGCCUGGUAGAAGUGCUAGACUGUAUGGAGAUGAUGAUGAAUACUAUACCACCUUCUGUGGAGUACUUUUGUCAUCAAUAAUUUACGGAAGUGGUUAUGACUUACAAUCGGAAGUAGCUUUUUCCGUUGGUCUAAGCCAUAACGAGCAUUCAACCUCCAAGAUAGUGUUCAAUGUGGUUUUCCUUAAUCAACAAAACAGCUAUAGCACCAACACCGGGAUAUUUACAGCCCCAGUAGCUGGUAUUUAUGCCUUUCACUACCACGCCCUGGCUCAACGAGCACUAUCUGAAUGGGUGGAGCUCUACCAUAACCACGUUUACAUCAAUUCUCUUUAUGCCCAUGCUGUAGGAGGCUAUGGUCCAGGUAGUAACUCCGCCGUUCUUGAACUGGAUGUCGGUGAUACCGUGUAUCUAACUAUGCAAAAUCACGGCUCAUACCUUUAUGGAGACAGUGAUAAUAAUAUUUACUGUACCUUUUCUGGGUACCUCCUAUCGCCCACUGCUCGUCACGGUGCUGUUAUAGGAUAACGUUUAUGACAUAUAAAUGAAUUAUGGAACAGUGUACAACUGUUCAUGUUUGUGUGUGUUUUGGGUAUUAAAAACUAAUUUGUUAUU